AUGCCCGUCUCUCAUUCCCUUGAUUGCUCCCGAGGCACCCUCUCCACUCGACUCCUUACUCUCUACAACACAUCAGCUGUGUACAGCAGCAUGGUUGAGAGACAGUCGCUUGAGGCCGCUAAACAUAAUUCACAUAUGCAACAUGCGCUGGCUUUGGCAGAGAGAUCGCCUCCAAAGCCUACGAACUUCUGUGUGGGCGCGGUUCUGGUAAACGAACUGGAAGACGAAGUCGUGUCGACAGGCUACACACUUGAGCUGGAAGGUAACACGCACGCCGAGCAAGUCUGUUUCAUGAAGUUGUCAAAAGACAUGCAAGAUUCGCAAGACGGGCUUAGUCAGGCGAAAUCAAUGAGUUUGGUGCUGUAUACGACCAUGGAACCCUGCAGUAGACGAGCGAGCGGAAACAUGGCUUGUGUGGACAGAAUCUUGAGUACUCAUUUGCUUGAAUCUCGUCUUCAAAUUCGCAAAGUCUUCAUUGGUGUACAAGAGCCAGAAAAGUUUGUUGGAGCCAACGAAGGCAGGAAAAAGCUUGGAGACGCUGGCGUCGAGUAUGUCCAUGUGUCUGGAUAUGAGAAGAGAAUCCUCGAGGUUGCGACGGCUGGACAUUUGAAAUGA